AUGCCGGCAGCCUGCAUCCUGCUGCUGCUGCUGGGGCUGGGGCUGGUCCCGCCGGCCGGGUCGCUGCCCCUCGCUUCCCCACGGCGUCUUCCUCCUCCUCCUCCUCCUCCUCCUCCGUCCCGAAGCCGUCUCGGCCGCCCUUGCUCGCCUCCCGCCGCGGGACACGCCGGCAGCCCGGUCAUCGAAAGCAGUCAUCAGGCGAGAAGUUCGGACACGGACAUAAGGACUUCUGGUGCUCUCGUGGACAGCAUGGAGCUGGUGACGAUGCUGGCCAGGAGCAGAGAGCAGGCAUUGUUGCCUGCCAGGCACGAUGUCGUGCUGGCAGCAAGCGGGGUCCCGGGGCACAUCAGUCCCCCUGCCAGCGGUGGGGAUUUCACCCCGCUGGGAGCAGGGACCCCAGACAGCCCGUCUGCCUGGACAGCGACCCGCCUGCCCACGAGCAGCCAUCCUCCCGCUGCUGGAAGCCAUCACCGUGCUGCGGGCAGCCGGGAGAGAGGCAAGAGGGCUCUGGCUUCUCCCAGCACCCCUGCAGCUGCCGAGAGGGUGCCACAGGUUUUGGCAGCCAUCAGCACCGAUUCAGCCAAGAGGGUACCGGACGGGCACCGUGGGGCCUGGGACAUGGCGGGGUUCAACAAUGCAACGAGGACAGUGCUGCUGCCUCCCUCCACAGAGACUAGUUCCCCGGGCACCCGCAGUCCGUCUCAACCGGUGAGCGGCUGGGUGGGCACGGAGCUGACCAGCAGCCCUCCCACAGGCACCGUGGCUGCGUCACCCAGCCCUUUGGGGAGCAGUGGGGGGACCCUGCGGCCCCUCCCCAGCACCCCUCUCCCUGGCUCUCUGGGACAGCCCCAGUCCUCCCCCAGAGCUUCCAGUAACCAGACUGGUGCGAACCACGUGGCACUACGCCUCAGGGAUGUCACAGGGAACUCCGCCAGCCCUUUGCUCACAGCAUUGCCUGCCACGGACAGCGCUUUUGGAGCCAUUGGAAGCAGCUACCAGCCAUCCAACGUCUCAGCCACGGAGAGGAGAGUUUCGGAUUUCCCCGCCACUAGUACCUCCGUUUCCACAACAGCCACCAAGAGUGGAGGGAGGACGUUAAGGUCUCUGCCAGCCAGCACCAGGCUGGCUGGUGCAGCAGAAAUUUCCACCACUGGUACCGAAAUCACCAGCUCUUCAGACCGGAGCUGGUCUCCUGGGAUGUCUUUGGGAGCCCAGGGUGGUGGUGCCAGAGGUGCCACAGACCCGCUGCUCACAGGCUCGCUGCCUGCUUCGGAAAGUGCUUCCACGACCUUUAGCAGCAGUUACGAAUCCAAGAGCAUCCCAGCUGCAGAAGAGGCGACGCUGCACUUGGACGCCCGUGGUGCUGACAUGCCCAGCAUAGCAGCAGGGGCACCGGAGUCCCCCCCAAACGGCGGCACAGCUGGGGUGACAAUGGGCUCUGCCACCAGCACCAACCCCACCAACUCUUUGGGGUGGACCUUCUCCUCCUCGGGGGCUGGGACACACCCCGCUAAUGGCUCACGGGAAGCCACCGACCUCCCAGCGCCUCCCCGGGAACCUUUGCUCACAAGCUCCCUCUCUGCCUCCGCAAGUACUUUCAGAGGUGUCAGAAGCAGCCACCGACCAGCUGACAGCUCAACGACAGAGAAAAAUCCCCUUGCUUCCUCUCCCACCAGCACUUUCAUUUCAGCCACGGUCUCCGGCAGUGGCGGGAGGCCCCCGAGGUCUGCCACAGGCAGCAGCCGAUGGGCAGCAGAAGUCUCCACGUCCAGUAGUGGCACGUACAGGACCUUGGGCAUGAUCCAGUCCUCGUCCGUGUCUUCUGUGAGACAGACCUAUGGAGUUCAUGGGUCCAGAGGAACCACGGAUUUCACAGAACAGGUGGCAGACCCUUUGCUAAGACGCUCUCACUCUCCUUCGGAAGGUCCUUCCCCAGCUACUGGAAGCAGACAUGUGUCAUUCAGUGUCCUGUCAACACAGAGAAGAACCGAUUUCCCCACCACCAGUACCUCCAUUUCCACAACAGCCACCAAGGGUGGAGGGAGGACAUUAAGGUCUUUGCCAGCCGGCACCAGGCUGGCCCAAACAACAGAGAUUUCCACCACUGGUACUGAAACCAUCAGCUCUCCUGACCAUACCCAGUCCUCUUUAGGAGCCCAGGGUGGUGGUGGCAGAGGUGCCACAGCGCUGUCCAGGGACCCGUUGCUCACGGAUUCACAGUCUGCUUUGGGAAGUUCUUCCCCAGCAGAAGGGACCUCGGCUACGGGAGGACGCUUGCCUGAUGCUCCUCUCACCAGUACGCCCAGUUCAGUGACGGCCACCAGCGGUGGGGAGAGGACAACAGUGCUGUCAGACACCCGUGCAGCAUCCAGCAUGGCAGGGAGCUCUGCUCCCACUUCACCCCACACCAGGUCCUUGGACAUGGCGCUUCUGACGUCCCCAUCAGCAGCAGAGCCUGGGAGGCAGGGCGGUGCUGGACUCGGUGAGCUUGCAACAAAGCUGCUGCCUGCAUUUCCUCCCGGCACUUCAGUGCCUUCGCCUUCACCAACACUUCUCGUCCAUGAGGAGGGGACUUCUUGGGCUGCUGUUAACCACGGCACGUGGAGCACAGUGGUGGCAAGCCCCACGUCUCACCCAGACACAGCCGGGGAGAAUCGCACCGGCCCCCUCCCAUCCUCCACGGCAUGGCUUGGAGCAGGACAUGUCUCGUCUGGCCAUGCGGGGUACCCAGAGCCCGAGGUCACCCUUUCAUCCAGGGUCUCCACCUACUUCUCAGCUGCUGGUGAACCUUCCACUGUAGGCAGCAGCCAUCGCUCCCUAAGCAGCUCGAGUGACGAGGAAAGGAUGUCCAGCCCCAUCACUGAUCCUGUGUACAGUUCAUCCACGUCUGCUGGUGGUGGAGAGAGGACGCUGCACUCGGUGACAGACAGCGCGCUGGCCGGUGGCACAGAGAGCUCCGCUUCCUAUGCUGGAACCGCCAGCUCUCCAAGGCUGGUUGAGCCGGUGUCAGUGGAGCAGAACGGGACGGCUAAUGCCUCCACCAGCAGCAGGGGCUUCACGGGCUUUGCGACGGAGACGCUCUUCGCACAUUCUUCCAAGAUACCCACUUCUUCUUUCCAAAAUGAUCUCACAAGCUUUUCAAGUAGCCAUCAGCCAGUCAGUAGCAUCGAUGCUGAGAAACGGACCUCAGUUUCUCAUACGGACGGCACAUACAUUUCAACAACAUAUACCAGAGGAGGAGAAAGGACCCUCCUGUCUAUCUCAAAUAGCAGCACCUCUGCUGACUCCUCAGAAAGUUCGACCUUUUUUUCCGAGAUUUCCAAUCCUUCUGAUUCAUUAAAGUCUUUUGUGGCACAGGACAGGAUGAGCAAUGUGUCCAGCGAUGGCAGUUUUGUUGAACCAUCUACAGAGCCGUUGCUGGUACAGUCUUCCAAACUGUUGACUUCUGCUUCUGCAGGGAGCGUACAAAAUACAACUGUCUUCAACAAUGACUCUGAGUUGUUGACCACUGGCAGAUCAUCUCUAUCUUCAUCAGCACUUCCAGCCUCUUCCUCAGUGUCAUUGCUGCAUCACUCGCUGUCAUCAACACCACCACCAACUUAUUUGUUUUCAUCAUCAGAGUCAUCUGAGCCACUCUCGUCCUCUGUGAUGGCAUCUUCACCCCCUCUGCAGGCUUCGUCGUCCUCCUUGCCCACUUCCUCGUUGCUUUCCUCAUCUUAUUCAUUAACAUCUUUAUUGCCUCUGUUUUUGUCACCAUCAUCCACCUCGCAGUCCAACGAUAGUGGUCAAGUAAGCACCUCUGUAGCUACGACUGUGGUCAGGCGCGUGCCUUCCACAGCCGCUGUGGCCAGGAGCUCGCCCAGAGGGACCAACAAGCACAAUGUCACGCACCAGCCCCAAAACAGCACCACCUUCACCUCCACCGUGUCUCCUUCUCUCCCCACGGCACCCAUGGAGCAGCUUGGUGGACGCAUCGUGUCUGUGUCUGCCCCUGUGACAGUAACGGAGAUCACCUCACCGAGAGCCACCACCGCCCAGGGAGGUAACUUUGGGAAGGCAACGUCGCUACUCACCACAGCCGGAGAUGACCCACAGGCUGGGCCAACGGAUGCACCCCUUAGUCCCUCACCAAGUGCAACAAACCACGGUGUCCUUGUCCCUGCAGUGGCACUGACCACAGUGAAAUCUCCUGUGCUGACAACAUCGGCCAGUCGCCGGCCAACCCCAGGUGAUGCUAGCACCACGAAAGCCAGCAGAGCUCAAACGUCCACUGCCACUGAGCAUGUGUAUACCACUGGUGAAAGCAGAGAAGCUGUGGAUCCCACCACUGCAAGGCCUGGUAAAGUCACCGAGGAAAACAUCCCUGUUACGAGUCCUGAAGCCCCUCCAACCAGCAAGACCACUGUGAGCAUUGCAACUACUUUGGCUGCUACCAAACCAACCACUGUUCCUCCGUCGAGUAGCACGACCGGGCUGAGGAAAUCGUCUCUGGCGACAGAUGUGGACAAAUGUCUUUCCAACCCUUGUCCUGCCCUGGCCACCUGCAACAGCACCCGUGGCUCCUAUAUCUGUCAGUGUCCUCUUGGAUAUGAGCUGGAAAAAGGAAAGUGCAAUUUAGUAAGAAUAUUUAUUGGCCAGGUCCCCCUGAAACUUAAUAUUACCCAUGGGAAGUAUGCAGAGCUCCUCCACAUCGAGGGGGAAAUCCUGGCAAUGGUGAAUGCAUCGCUGUCAGGCUUGCCGGGAUACCACCACUCCACGGUUAAGGCGACCAGGGAGGCAAAUUUUGUGCAUGUUUCAGUGCAAUCCACGUUCUCUUUAGCAUCCAACGUGACUUUCUACGACGUUGUCAGCAGCGUGAAAAGCUACAUUCGAGCUUGCAAAUCCCCCACCGAAGCCUGCCAGUUCAUCUCCAGCCUGAAACCACUCCACAGAGUUGGCAGCUUGUGCAAGCAGAAAGACCCUGAAUGUGACAAGGAAACUUCUGAAUGCACUGACUUUGAUGGAGUUGCACUCUGCCAGUGCAAAAGUGGGUACUUCAAAUACAACAAGAUGGACCAUUCCUGCAGAGCCUGUGAAGAUGGAUAUAAGCUGGAAAAUGAGACCUGUGUGAGCUGCCCGUUUGGCUUAGGUGGAUUCAACUGUGGAAACCCAUAUCAGCUCAUCACUGUGGUGAUCGCGGCUGCAGGAGGGGGACUUCUGCUUAUCAUGGGCAUAGCACUGAUUGUCACCUGCUGCCGGAAGAAUAAAAAUGACAUAAGUAAACUCAUUUUCAAGAGUGGAGAUUUCCAGAUGUCACCGUAUGCUGAAUAUCCAAAGAACCCCCGGGCACAGGAGUGGGGCAGAGAGACCAUCGAGAUGCAAGAGAAUGGAAGCACCAAGAACCUGUUGCAGAUGACAGAUGUGUAUUAUUCGCCAACUGGACUGAGAAAUCCUGAACUGGAAAGAAAUGGACUUUAUCCUCCCUACACUGGUUUGCCUGGUUCUCGACAUUCAUGCAUCUACCCUGGACAAUACAAUCCAUCCUUCAUUAGUGACGAAACCAGAAGAAGAGACUAUUUUUAGUGGGGAGUGGAGAGGGAGUGGAAGAUUGACACAGUUUUGUGGCCCUUGAUCCCCAGGUACAAUCGGUCUCCUGGGCAGUUCAGCCCACAUCAAUCUUACUCUUCCCAUUUAACAGGAAGGACUUUGAACUCCAUGACAAGUGUUGCUGCCCUUAGGAAUGGUUACACUUGCUGAGCAGCAGAGAGAAGGAAGAGGAGGAGGGAAUGGCUCAAGGCGCACAUCACUAAAGGACCCAGAUGGAAGUUAACACAUGUACUCCGGAUUUGUUCUGUGCUGCUGCUUCACUCUUUACGCUACAUGGCAAGCAUGGAUCAAUACAGGCAGAUGAACUGUGCCCAGCACUCUGCAUUGAAUACCACUAGGAAGUGUAUUGUUUACAGAUCUUGUUCACUGUUGACUGUGCUUGUCUUCUUAGCCAACCUUCAUGCAAAGAUUCACUGUGCAACUCCCCUGGGUAGGGCAAGUUUGUCAACUCCCUUUUCCAUUGCUGCAUUUCUUUCUGCUUUCUACAUGACAGGGAAGCUGGCCGAUCCUCUGGCCCUCACCUUCUUACUGGUAGAAGUUCUCCAGAUGGCUGGGUCCUUGCUGAAGCCUGGUGCCUGGCAAUGUUGGCUGAAUUCAUGGCUUGAUUGUCUCCAAGGAGUACGAGAAAGUUAGUCAUUCCACUGCAAUUCUAACUGAAAAAAGACACAGCUGAUCCUAUGUGCUGCUUCAAAAACUUCCUGUAUAUAGGGAAGAGUCUGAGUAUGUUGUUGCUUUGUCAGCCAGCAUUGUUCAGAAGUGAUGCCACUACAUGUCAUCAUAGUGCUUCUGUAUAUGAUCUUAUGGGGCUCUGUUUCCCUGCAGGGAUUUAAAUGCCUGUAGAAACAGCAAUAUAAUAUUAACUAGUUGCUCACAGGGAAGAAAAACAUGAGCUGGGAAUUCAGCAUGCUCCUUAUAAGAUAUCUGGGAAGGAGCAAUAAUGCUAUAGCCCUGGUUGGGCAGGUGGAACAUGAAUUCUGGGCACUGCAGGUGGAACAUAGCUUUCAAGUCUCCACAGCCCACCUUGACUUCAGUAGGAGCUGUGGAGGCUUUCAGUGCUUGGGAAAAUAAGGCUCACUGCAGUCAGUUGCAUUUAAGGGAGAGAAAAACAUGAUGCUUUCAAUCCUAGUGGAACAAAGAUCACUUAUGUUAAAGUGUUUUGCUUUCUUCCAUCCUGGUUUUGAGUGAUUCAGCCCAGGCAGGUUUCUUCACCUAGGUGUGUUAAUUCAUCUUAAUCACCUCUGCAAAAGCUGAAGAAUGUAUGUUAAUACAUUUCUCACCAAAGAUCAGAUUGAAAGCUUAUGGACUGUAUUCUGACCUGAGCUGGGUGUUGAAAGAGAUCUUAUUAAUGAAGUAUAUUUACCACUUAUCUUUACUGCAGUGUUAACCUGACUCAUCCAAACCCUGUCCAGAUACAGCAUCCAGAUACGUAUCCUUCCCCUGAAUGUGACUGUGCUUUUAAUUCAAGGUGGCUGCUUGUAUGAGGAUAACAAAUAGCACAAUUCCUUAGCCAUUAACCCACCAUCUCUGUAGUGCAUACAUAAGCUAGUUUCACUGAAGGGCACAUACCCUCUGAUAUUCCCUUCUGCCCCGCAGUGCUUGGAAAGACACAGUGCCUACAAGUAAGUUCAUAAGGUAGCUCAGCCUAC